UCAGUAAACGCGUCUCAGAGCGUCAAAAUCACCAGAAAACAGCAAGUGCGAGCGUGAUCAUUUUCUAUAGUGAACGAACUCAAUUUUUGAUUGAUCAUUCUGCUGUGCGCGAUUCCUUGGGGCUACGUCUCCGCUGUAAUUGAGAAGAUGAAAACUGAAGACAAAAAUAGUGUCCCCAAAGUCAGACUGGCGGUGAUCGGGAAGGCGAACGUAGGAAAAUCGGCAUUGACCGUUCGAUAUCUCACAAGGCGGUACAUCGGCGAGUACAGAAGUAAUACAGAUUUGCUUUAUCGGCAAACUUUAACCGUGAAUAACUCGGCGUUGGAGGUCGAGAUCGUCGAUGUUUGCAGUUGCGAUUUGUCUUUAUUCCCUGAAGAGGCUAUUUAUUGGGCGGAUGCGUGCGUUGUGGUUUACGAUAUCACGAACAGGACGUCGAUGACGCACGCCGCUGAGCUUCUUCAGCGAGUCCUUCAACUGAGGAGUCAAAUGCCUAUUGUCCUCCUCGGCAACAAAUCAGAUCUGGAACAUCUUCGACAGGUCGAUGAAGUCGAAGGCCGAACUCUGGCGAUCCAGCACAACUCCCAGUUCCACGAGGUUUCCGUGGCCGAAAACAGCCCGGCGAUCUACUCGGCCAUCGACACAGUCCUGAACGAAUGCCGUUCCGUACAGAACACCCAAAAAACUAGGAAAUUCUCCGUGUCCAAGAUGAUUGGAACCCUGAUCGGCAACACCAACGGGAAAGUAGUGCCAAAUGCAAACCAAGGCGGAACCGUGGUGGUCUGCCACAAGUCAGAUCUCUACAAAUCCAGAGUUUUAAGACGAAGACAGAACUUUACUGCGACUGCAUCCCUUUGACUAUCGGAAAAAGAGGAGCAGGUCGGGACUGCUCGUUGAACUUUAUCGAAUUUUUGUUCCAUAUUUCUCAGUUUUAUGAGAGGAGGACACGUGCUGUGCAGUUGAGAGGAUACGCUGAUAGUCCUUGAACUGAAUAUGAGUAAUAAUCUGGAAAAAGACGAGGUGCCAAGACCAGGCUGCAGCGGAUGUGCGAUUUUGUCGAACGUUUGUUUUAUGUUCGUUUAUUCAUGAAGAAGUGUGCAAUAAUUUAUCUUGGCAGAAGACUUCCGACAGGGUCAAUGCUUGUACAUAUCAGAACGAGGUGCGAAUAAAGUCUUAUUAAGGCGACAUUAACGUCAACAACAUAUGCGCCGCAAGAGUGACAACAUGGUUCUAUUUGUAGACCCCGGUUGGGAGAUGGGCGGUUAAUAAUUUGGUUAUUUUAAUAACUAGUCGUAAUUUUUAUACCCUUUCUUAUAUUCAUGUUGCCAAUGUUAAUGCAAUUGUAUUUAAGAGGCGAAAAAAUAUUCAACUUUCGUGUACUUUUAAGCGUAUUUGUGAUUUUUUUACCUAAUUGUGAGAUUUGUGAGAUUAUAGAGAGUUGACUAUCUGUUCGCUGUUUAUUUAAAAACCCCGAUGUUUAGGUAAUAGAGACCAAAUAUUUCAUAAGAAUGUGUGUGCUAUAACGGCUGUGAUAUUGAAUGUCUUUUUGUAAUUUAUCUAGACAUUAUUAUUAAAAAAUUCAUGUGAACUGCAUAGAUAUAUUUAUGCUAAAUAAAUUUGUACAAACCUGA